AAUAGAGACCUCACCAUGCCAGAGAACUACCAUAUUAUCAGACUUCAGUCAUGCUUGACAUGCUUGAUGAAACUCCUCACACUUAUCAUCGACUUUUGUGUGACAGAAUGGAUGGACAAUGCUAAUAUUCUUCCUUGCUCCCAAAAUAGCUUCUGUCAUGGAAAUUGCACUCAUAAUAACUCCUUCAUUCUCCACAUGGCUAUUGAUCAUGCCCACACUCAGGGCCACAUUUUAUAUGUCACCUUUAUUGAUCUUGAAAAUGCCUUUUCUUCAAUGGAUCUAUCUGUUCUUUGGAAUAAGCUGCAUUGCCUUGGCAUUGGAGGCCUCAUGUAUGAC